AUGUCAGAUUCGAGUGAUUCGUCACCUCCAGCUCCAGAAUCCGAACCGACCACACCACCACCUUCCGACACCUCCUUUUCUCCUCCGCCGUCGGAUCAGGGCUCCGCACCAUCGCCACCGUCUGACGGCCAAGGUCCGAGCGCUCCUCCCUCACCUUCUCCACCCGACAACUCCGCCACGCCUUCACCUCCGCCACGAUUGGAAUCUCCUCCUCCAUCUUCGCCGCCGCCGCCUCCAGCUGAGUCGAAUACUCCACCACCUUCCGAAUCCCCGCCACCGAGCAACCCAACCCCAUCGCCGCCGAAGGAAUCUACACCGUCACCGUCAGAUCCGCCGCCGUCGAAAUCAUCGCCCGUUUCUCCUCCUCCAAGCCAUUCCAAGAAAUCUCCGCCCCCGUCGGAAACUUCUCCUUCCCCUCCAAGCCCUGAAUCUCCGCCGCCGACGAACGAUUCCCCUUCUCCGCCUAGCUCCCACUAUCAGCAGUCUCCUCCGCCUCCAGAGUCCGAAUCCCCUCCUUCUUCCUCUAUUUCUCCUCCGGCCAACACUAACACACCCGCCGAGAAUCCGCCGCCGCCAAAUGUACCAUCAGAAUUCGCUCCUCCUACGGAUUCGAUGUUAAGUCCACCUCCUCCUUCUGAAUCGACGCCAAGCCUGUCGCUUUCGCCUCCGCUGUCUGAUUCCAGAUCAGAGUCUUCCUCAAAUUCAACUUCCAAUUCGCCAUCGGAAUCGAAUGUCCAUUCCGGAACUGUCGUGGGAGUGGCGGUGGCGGGGGUUUUCAUAAUCGCGUUGAUCGCCAUGUUUUUCGUGUGCGCAAGGCGGAGGAGAAAACGCGCCGAGGUCUACGCGGCGGCGCAUUACAUGCCUGCGGGUACCUUUUCAGUGAAAUCAGAAGGAUAUUACGUGGGACAGCAGCAUAACAUCAACAUCAGCAAUUCUGGGCCAGCGGACAGCUUCUUCCCUUCACAAGGCCCAAAUUCUUUCAUCAAUAAUAGCUAUGGCAGUCAGAGAGGCAUUGCGAGCUAUGGAGGGGGAUUGGAGUCUGGUCUAAUAGGAGGUCCUAAUCCUUACUUCAGCUAUGAAGAAUUGACGGAAAUAACGAACGGAUUUUCGAGUCAAAAUGUGCUCGGUGAGGGCGGGUUCGGAUGCGUUUACAAGGGUUGCUUGCCAGAUGGGAAAGUGGUGGCUGUGAAGCAGCUCAAGGCUGGGAGUGGACAAGGAGAGAGAGAGUUUAAAGCAGAGGUUGAGAUUAUUAGUAGAGUUCACCAUCGUCACUUGGUGUCUUUGGUGGGAUAUUGCAUCUCUGAGCAACAGAGAUUGUUGAUCUAUGAGUUUGUUCCCAAUAAAACUUUGGAGCAUCAUUUGCAUGGUGAUGGAAUGCCGGUGUUGGAAUGGACUAAAAGACUCAAGAUUGCUUUAGGGGCUGCAAAGGGUUUGGCAUACUUACACGAGGAUUGCCACCCGAAAAUAAUUCACAGAGACAUCAAGUCGGCAAAUAUUCUUUUGGAUGAUGCUUUUGAGGCACAGGUUGCAGACUUUGGCCUUGCAAAACCCUCAAACGAUACGCAUACGCAUGUCUCCACUCGAGUUAUGGGAACAUUUGGGUACAUGGCACCAGAGUACGCAUCAAGUGGAAAGUUAACAGAUAGAUCAGACGUAUUCUCAUUUGGAGUGGUGCUUCUUGAGUUUGUAACUGGUCGUAAGCCUGUCGACCCAUCUCAGCCUCUUGGUGACGAGAGUUUAGUUGAAUGGGCUCGCCCUCUUCUAAUCCGCGCCCUUGAAACUGGGGACAUGAGUGAACUAGUAGAUCCACGGCUAGAAAAGCAUUAUGUAGAAAGCGAAAUGAUCAGAAUGAUCGAGGCAGCUGCUGCGUGCGUACGACAUUCAGCUCCAAAACGACCCCGCAUGGUUCAGGUGGUAAGAGCAUUGGACUGUGAAGGUGAAAUGUCUGAUCUGACAAACGGAGUGAAAUAUGGACAGAGCAUGAUAUACGACUCUGGCCAGUACAACCAAGACAUUAUGAAGUUCAGAAGGAUGGCGUUAGGAGACAGCUCCGAAUACGACAUGUACAGCGGAGAGUUCAACAACUCUAGGGAGGUUUCUGGAUACCAAAGUUCAUGGAAUGUCCGGGAUAGUUCGAGUGGAGAAUCCGAUACUCGGGCCUUCACGGCGCGUAAUGUUGGUGAGCAAAGAUAUGGUGGCUCUCAAAGUAACUUUGGCAGCCGUCUGCUAUAA